CACAUCAGGAAACCAACUGACUGGGAAGUCAGAAUGCACUUGACGCUCAGCCCCGCGAGGACGACGAGGAAGGCGCCGGCAGCGGCGGCCGCUGCGGCGCACGCGCGGUCCGCGAGCGAGCCGUGCCACCCAGCGCUCGCGCGCCUCGACGGCACCGUGCGCGCGCUCAGGGCGUGGUCCUGCUGCUGCGGCGGAGCCGUGGGCAGCUCCUCCUCCUCACCCGCCUACGGUCUCGCGCUCCUGGAGGCCGUCCUCGCCGCGCUGGGCGACCUGCUCGCGACGCCGCGCACCGCGGCGGCGCUCCACGACGCCGACGACCGGGUCCUCGACGGCUUCCUCGCGCUCGCGGACGCGUACGGCACGUUCGGCGCCGCGCUGCUCGCGGCGAGGCAGGGCGUGGCGGACGCGCGGGCCGGCGCCCGGCGCGGGGACGGCGCGGCGGUGGCCGCGUCGGCGCGCGCGCACAGGAGGACCGAGAAGGAGCUGCGCCGCCUCGCCGCCGCGAUGAGGCACGCCUCGAGGUCGGGGCGCGCGGCGGUGGCGCCCACGCCCAGCUCGGCGGACGCAGCGGGCGCUGAGGUGGUCGGCGUGGUGACGGAGGCGACCGUGGCCGCGGCGGAGGCGUCGGCGGCCAUCUUCUCGCGGUGCGCGGCCAUGUCGCCGGACGUGCCCGCCAUGGCACACUCGCACAGGUGGCUAGCGAGGCUCGGUGUCGCGCCGGCGGCCAGCAGCAAAGUAGCGCCGGAAACGGCGCCAGCGGCAUUGGAGAGGCUAGAGGAGCUAGAGGAGUGCAUUGCCGGGCUGGAGAGCGGGAGCGAGAAGGUGUUCAGGAGGCUGCUGCAGGCUAGAGUUCUACUCCUCAACAUCCAUAAUCCCUUGUAAUUCCUCGGCUGUGCUGCCGACUUGCAAUCAGGAUUUCAGAGGAUCAAAAUAGGAAAUGUGCAGAGUAGUUUUCAGUUGGGCACAUUGUUUCAAGGCGGACCCAGCUCGCGUUGGGGAACCGGUCCGUGCACUGGUUGGGCAGACCUGUCACUCUUUGCAUCUUGAACAGAAUCGUUUCCUUCCCUUCACGUGGUAUUUUGAUCAACGAACAAAACUU